GGUUAAGAUCCCCUUCCCGGCCAUCUUUUAAAAAAAAAAAAAAGAAAGAAAGCUGAGCUUUUACCUGCUAGCCGCUAACAAAACAAAAUGAAAACCGAGUUUUUUUAGGAAGAGGAGAAAACCUGCCCCCAGUGAUCAACUCCUGUUCCGCUCCAGCCACCCAGGGGCUCUCUUAAACUGCGCGUUCACAUGUGUUAACGUGAGGCUAUAUCACCAAUGGCCUUAGUGCUUUUACUGACUGUUUUCCAUGAUAGAAGUUCAACCUUCUCAUUAAGGGAAAACUGGGAAAUGUAGAGAAGCCAAUGAUUUCCCUCCCGCAGACAGAUCAUUUUUUACAUUUGUGUACUGCUUUCAGAAUCUGCCCCCCAACUGAUCUCCCCCUCCACAGGGCAUGUGAUAUUUUUUAAAUGUUUUAAUCAUCAGGUACAUAAAGUUCUUGUUGGCUUUCUAUUACAGAAGUAACAUUGGUUAUAAAAAAAUUUUUUUUUAACCAUAGUAUAAAGAUAUAUAAACAAAAAAGGAAAAAGCCAGCCUUUCAUCUCUCCUUCCCCCCAGCCCUUGUUAGUGAUUUCUACUGAAAAGCAGAAAUGUGCACAGAUACACAUGCAUUCCCUGCCGUUGGCAAAAGUGGGAUUUACUUCCUACUGCUGUAGUUUUUUUUUCUUUUUAAUUGAAGUUUAACACAUGUACAAAAGUACUCACAUCCUAAGUGUACAAAUCUAUAAAUUGGGUGGGUAGCCGCCACCCAGAAGCAGCACACAGCCAACCCUCCCAAGCCCCCCACUCCUAACCACUUCCUCCCCUUCUGGAGGCAUCCAGUGUCCCAGCUUCUAAAGCCGUGGUCCCUUUGGCCUUGUUUGAACGUCAUUAAUUGAAGCCGUACUCCGGGACACCCGUGUUCCACGUCAGUCCACACUGUCACGUGGCCGCAAACCAUCUCAUGGCUGGGUAUUCACAGAUUAUUCCUCCAGACCCUUGAGACCAAAAGAGUCCAAGAUCUGGUUUUCCUCCGUCACACCCAGAACCACAGCCACUGUCUUCAGCCAUGCUGCCUUUACACAUAUUUCUGUAUGAAGAGUUUUCUGUCCUUCACUGGACAUGACAAUAAUCAGUGACACUGUCGAAGUUGCUUUCAUCAGGGAGCAGUCAUCUUGACCAAUGACAAAGUGGUGACUGGCCAUCCCUGGGCAGGGGAGGGGGCAGGGUGGUGGGGGGCCGGCCUUGGGGGCUCUACACCUGGAUGUGAUGUUGCAAUUGUGUGUUGCUUUAACCGCCUUUACUUUCUGAGCUAGGGGCUGUCUCCAUCCAUAGCAAAAGUGUAACUUUGUUGUAGAUGAGCGUAAGCCUCACCCUGGAGAGCGCUAGUAAGUACAGACCAGGUGAACCUCUUCUCCGUCCUCACCAAACCAGACUCGGACCCCACCCCACCACGCCCCUCCCUCUCCCACCCCUCGAGGUCCCUCCGCUACUGGCAGAGGACAGGGAGGGCAUGAGAUGAGCUUGGGCCCAGCACAGGUCCUGGGGUGGGGGCUAGGGUGGGGCUAGCUGAGAAAAAUCAGCCCCCUCUGGAUCAGGGGGGUCUUUGUGUGGGCGUCUCCCAGGCCUGUGGGAGCUGGGAGCCUCCUGGGCUUGUGUGCAAAUGACUGCUUUCCCAGGGGUGGGUCCACAGUUUCCACUGAUCCUCAAAGGAGAUCCUGUCGCCCCAAAAUAUUAAGAACAUCAGCUCUAGACAUUACAAGACUUGGGCCACAGCUACCAGACUCCCAGACAGUGAGGGCUUGUCACAGACCCAGGGGUGGGGAACAAAGCGGAGGAGGCCUCUGCCCACUUUGGUGGGAGAAGCCUGAUGUUCUCCAGCUGGCCAGACCUGGGCUUUCAACAGCGUUUGUGACCUGCAGAGACCUAAAAGAUGCCACCCAGGCCAAGGAAUGGACAGCUCUGCAUCACAUCAGUCCUGCUAACACAGCCCUCUGAGUGCCAGUAUUGGGGACUGCAGGGGGAACAGAGAUGUCCCACCAGAGACCCCAGAACAUUAAGGGAAAGUGAAAAGCCUCGCAUCAAAGACCUAACCUGAGCCAGAGCUCCUGGUGUUAAUCUGUUGUUAAAUUUAGUUCAACAAGUGGUUUUGCUUUUCUCCUCUGAAAAUUCACCCCCUCCCCUGCCGCAUCCUGGCCGAGAGCUGGGCGGCUGGGGUGGGAAGGGGUGCUGGGGGGGGAGUCUUCACAGGGCCCACACAGUCACCAGCCUCCUCCCAGGGCAGUGGCCACCAGCUGUUGAGCCUCUCGUGUGCAGAGAUGGUCCUUUUUCCCCCUAACAAAACAUUUUUGUAAGUGAAUCUGCCAAUAGAAGAUCCACCUGUUCUGUGGAAAGAACUAGAAAAGGCUCCACAAUCCGGGCUGAAGGCUGGCUGUUCCCUGUGAGGGCUCUCCCCGGCCAGCACCUGCACCCCACCCUCACCCCAACCAACACAGCCACACAUGUCCCUGGAGAGGACAGCAUUGGUCAAAUUGCAAAACAACUCAGACCCUCAGUCUUCCCAUCUUAGAAAUGGGGGCAUUUGUACCCACCUGGGCAGGUGAUUCCAAUGCCCAGAGAUAAUGAAUGUGAAGGCCUCCUCCGUCCUGUGCUGCCCAGGACAGAGUGCUCACUCCACGGCCCUGGCUGUAAAGAUCAUUUCUGAGUCAGAUCUCCGGAACCAGCUCCUGAGAAUGUGACCUGACCUAGUUUAACCCUCCCACCUCCAUGAAGCAGAUUCUGGGUUUAGGAAGUGUCCCUCCAGCUCUCCGCAACUAUAGAGCCUGGUAUCAAGAGUAGAGAUAAGCUCUCAGCCAACAAAGAGUGCUUUCACCCAUAAGAGGCUGAGCCUGACCAGUGUCCCAGGCACCAGAGUUGCUGACAUAGGUCCCCAGGGAGGCUGUCAGCUGUUCCGUCACCACUGUUCUCAUGAAGGGCUGCUGGCAGACACCAUGCAGGAGUUCUGAGGAGCCGGGGCUCAUUACUUUUAACGCCCCUUGCCUCAAUGUCAGCCCACGAUGAGGAUAGUUAUAUGAUGGCACAUUAGUUCAGGAGCUCCUUUGGCAUCAGCCCUAGUUUGGGACAUUAGCCACUCAGCAGGAUGUGUCACCUGGACAAUGGGUUGGUCUGGAGGUAGUUCAUGCCCCCCUGUCAGUGCAUUGUGCAGUGACAGUGAAGACAAGAGGCUUAACCCCCACUUGUUUGAGGUCUUGGGGGCCCCUUACCCCGUCUACAGCUGGCUGUCCUGUUGCUGUGUGCCCACAAACAGCCCUCCCUGAGGAGGCAUGGAUACCCAGCCCUGCCCCACCCUGGAAUUCCAAAACCCACAGAAAGCUACUUGACUCCCAGCCUUGUGCAUCCCACCUUGGGCCUGCUUGAGAGACCCUCCCCGGGUGGUCCCGAGCGCCAGGCCAGGGAGCUGGGUGCUCUGACCCCCAGUUUGCCCACCUUUCACUGGGCCCCCUCCUUCCAGGUGCGGCUUCAGGUGCAGAGCGCGGAGAAGCCCCAGUACCGAGGGACCUUGCACUGCUUCCAAUCCAUCAUCAAGCAGGAGAGUGUGCUGGGCCUGUACAAGGGCCUGGGCUCGCCCCUCAUGGGGCUCACCUUCAUCAACGCGCUCGUGUUCGGGGUGCAGGGCAACACCCUCCGGGCCCUGGGCCGCGACACGCCGCUCCACCAGUUCGUGGCCGGCGCGGCGGCGGGGGCCAUCCAGUGCGUCAUCUGCUGCCCCAUGGAGCUGGCCAAGACGCGGCUGCAGCUGCAGGACGCGGGUGCGGCGCGCGCCUACAGGGGCUCGCUGGACUGCCUGGCGCAGAUCUACCGGCGCGAGGGCGUGCGCGGCGUGCACCGCGGGAUGCUGUCCACGCUGCUGCGCGAGACGCCCAGCUUCGGCGUCUACUUCCUCACCUACGACGUGCUGACGCGCACGCUGGGCUGCGAGCCCGGAGACCCGCUGCUGGUGCCCAAGCUGCUGCUGGCGGGCGGCACGUCGGGCAUCGCGUCCUGGCUGUCCACCUACCCCGUGGACGUGGUCAAGUCGCGGCUGCAGGCGGACGGGCUGCGCGGCGCCCCAUAA